ACUUUAACUUUUUUUAAGAAGAUUUGUCAUUUCAUUCACUACAAAAAACAUAUUGAACAUUUUUUUAUAUAACGCAGAAAUAAAGGAAGAUAGAUGAUAUACUGCGAAGCUUCAAUUGCCAUUAUUUUCAAACCCAAAACACAACGAAAAGAUAUUUAUUUUGAACAUGAAGCUAUGCAACAAACUAGAAUCAAAACGUGUGUGCUGGUGCCCCAAAGUGUCACCUUUCUUUUCAUGUUUGAGAGGUUGACUUUAAACGUGUUUUUCUGAUAUAAAAUGCAAUUUUACUACAGUCUUCCAAAACAAAGGACAAUUUUCACCUUUUCGCCUUGUCAGUGGAAAUGAAAUGGAACUAUCGAACUUCCUCUGCUCGGGUGUAACAGAAGAAUUAAUCUGCUUUAAGAUAUACCGAAUCUCAAAAUAUUUGAUUUUGGCCGAUUUAUAAAAAUUUUCGCAAAUGCCACCAAAACUGCAGUUUGAAAACGGCGAGUUUUAAUAAAACCGAUAUAACCAAAACUUUCUCCCGCAACGAAUUGCGUUUAUGAAGAGUUUUAAACAUAAGCAAUUGGUAGAGCUUUUCAAGUGAUACAAAAAGGUCAUCUUCUCUUAUUCUGUAUCGCAAAAUACAAUGACCUAGAAUUGAAAAACUGUUUUAUGGGUUAGAAAGUAAUGGCAAUUGAAGCUUCGCAGUAUAUCAUCUAUCUUCCUUUAUUUCUGCGUUAUAUAAAAAAAUGUUCAAUAUGUUUUUUGUAGUGAAUGAAAUGACAAAUCUUCUUAAAAAAAGUUAAAGUCUUGACAAUGAAAACUGAGCGAAAUAUUAAUGAAAUACUGAGACCGACAUUUUUUAUGGGCCAUCCGUUAAAGGUCACAAAACAUUUUACGGGUCAAAUUCUGCUCACAAUUUGCGGUUUGGGGAUUCGUAGUCACUGUUCAUAAUCUUCAUCUGAUGUCUAUAAACAUCGUGUGCUUUUCAGAAAACUAAAAUUCGAUUUCUAAAGCCGGAUAAUUGAGUUUUCGUGUUUGUGAAUAUGCUGAUUUUAAUUUCUACUAGGAAAACUUAAAAUUUUAAAUUCUACUAGAUUUUAAUUUCUCCUGCAACAUUUAUAUGAAAAUUAAAUUUAUAUCUUCUUUAUAUUUUUUUUUUGUGAAAGGUCGAAAAAUCAUUCGUUCAUCCGAAGAAAAUUAUAAUUUAACAACUGAAAAAUUUCUUAUUGAACCUUCAUAUACUCAUUGGACAAUUGGCUAUUUACUUUCAUUACGUGGUGCUCAAAUGUUAAUAGACGAAAAACCAUUAUCAAAAAUACUUCCUGUUGAUGAAUAUUUACCUAUUAUGUAUGAUCGUCAUCCAAAUUUAGAAUGGAAAAAAUAUUUUCAACAACGAAAAUUAAAAGCAUAUGCAUUUCAUCCACAAAUAUUGACACCAACACAUUAUUUUGGUGAACCAAAUUAUGUAUCAGAUACAGAAAAUACGACCAUAUUAAAUAUUAAUAAAGAUAUUAUCAGACCAAAAUCAUUUGAAAUUGAUGUAGAUAAUUUAGUACAUAAUAAUUUGACAUUGAACAUGUUAGAUAAAAAUACACUAAUAAAAGAUGAAUUAUAG